AUGAUGGGGACAGCGAAAGCUAAAAAGGACGAUUCUCAUAAACAUGGGAAUUCUCAGCCAUCAGCAUCAAUACCUGCAGCCGAUGGUAAUCCCACCAUUAGAUCAACCAGCCCACCACAACCCGCAUCCUUGAGGCUCCCUCCAAUAGACCAGAGUAGGGCGCAAACUCCAGGUCGUCAUCUACCACCUAUAUUUCCGCAUCCUGCGCCAAUGAGCCAACCUCGACAACUUAUCCAACCUCCGUUGGGCGAUAGUAGCGCAUACAAACCAUUUGACACAUUCCCCACGCCGCGGCCAACAGCCAGCCAUACCCGCACUCUCCAAUCGAUAUACCUUCGGGAAAUAGAAUUCCACUGUAUAUGUGCUGCCCGCCGUUUUUGGGAAGCCCACCGUCCGCAGCCGAUGUUAAAACUGGUCGUCCCGAAUGCUGCCCGUCCCUCACGCCCAUUCGGCUCAGAUAUCCCCUGGAGGGGUAUCAACGUGCUGACAGAUCCAGCAUUCCGAGAUCUUCAGCAGCCGAUAAGGGAAAUUUUCCGUACAGUCGACCAGGCCACUAGGAAUGACGAUGGGCUGGGAUUGCGAGAGUAUCUGAGCUUGAUUGCAGACUUGGAUUGGGAUCGGGUUCGCCAGCAACAACAUCAACAACACCUGUUGCAACAGGGACAGCAGCAGCAAUCGCCAUCACGGCUUCAACAACCGAGUCAGCAACAGCUGACCCCCUCUGGACAACCAGGAAUACCAACGGUAAUCACCGCUCCCCGGCCCCUGUGCCCGCCACCAAAUAGCAAUGUCGUCGAUACAGCCCGAAAGGCAUACUCUCCACAAUUCACGACUAUCCAGCUACUCGACGAUCUGUACACAUGGUGCGAGACUGUGGUGGAUGCGGUACUUAAAGUGAAUGUCUGGGAUGGCGAUAAAGAGCCAGUGGAGCUGAGCUUUGCAGAACUGGAGGGUGUUGUUUCAUCAGCUAAGGGGUUGGCUCUUUCGUUGAACGGAACAAUGGAGCAUCGUGCUAUUGGUGAGGUUUGGGCGAAAUGGCUUCAGUCAAGAUAUCCAUAA